CCCUGAAGUCUAGGCUCCAAGAACAAGAUGUCCAGUGGAGACCAACUUCUUUCUCCACCCGCAUGUGCAACCCCUGGGUCUCCUUGUUGGGGGCUGUCGGGUCCCUUCUCAUCAUGCUUGUCAUCCAGUGGGUCUAUACUCUGGUUAACAUGGGGGUUGCUGCCAUUGUGUAUUUCUACAUUGGCCGGGCCAGUCCAGGGCUUUACCUUGGAUCAGCCUCCAACUUCAGCUUAUUCCAGUGGAUGAAGUCUCUUCUGAUCCCCUCCUGCAGGAGCAUGCGGUCCCACCGGGAGCAGAUCGUUCUGGCACCAUCCCUGGCUAGGGUUGACAUGGCGAUGACUCAGCUCACCCAGGAGAACACAGACUUUGCCACUCGGGAUCGCUACCACCACUCCUCCCGCGUGAGUCGGGAGCAGCUGAUGCCUCAGUACUAGAAGCAGCACGGGGUCCUCCUUUUUUGGAGCUGUCCUGUGCACAUUGGACCCAAAUCUGAAACCUUUGUGGAGCUGCUUCUCUUUAGUAAGAAACUCAGGCGCCCAUCCUUCCCUGCUGCUUUGGACAGUGGAAAUCUGCAUUCUGGUCUGGAAUACCGUGUCUGACCCAGGGUGACAUUAGGAAUGGCCUGGCCUCUGCAACACAGCAUCCUGUCUGAAGAGCUCCACAUGGGACACCAUCAAAUGUGGAGAACCAAAACCAGAUGACUUGUUCUGAGGGCCACAAUAAAUGCUUAUUUUAAUUUUAUCAUUAUUUAUAUUUUGAAUAAAUAAUACACUCAUAUGGUUCCAAGCCCCAAGGUAUAAUCAUAUAGAGUGAAAAUUCUCCCUCCCAUACUUUUUCUCCAUCUCUUCAGCUCCUGUCCCCCGGCCCAGAGGUAACCACUGUUCUCAUGCAUACUUUCAGCAGAAUGUGAGUUUUCAUCACGUUCUUUUUAUACACAAAAGGUAACGUAUUAUACACAUUUUCUGCACUUUGUUUUUUUCCUUAACAAUCUAUUUUGGAAACAUUUCCAUAUCAGUCCAUAUAGAGUUUCCUCAUUAUGUUUCAUUGUUUGAAUGUGCUGUAAUUUAUUUCACCAGUUGAAUAAUAAUGGACAUUUGGAUUCUUUCCAAUCUUUUGCUAUUACAAUCAGUUCUGCAGUGAAUAAUCUUGUGCACAUGUACAAGUGUAAAGUAUAUCUGUAGGAUAAAUUCCCAAAAGUGGAAUUGCAGAAUCAAAGGGUACAAGCAUUUGUAAGCUAUUAUUGUUUAGUGAAGAUCUUUUUAAUUAAAAAGUUAACAUCAUGAA